AUGACGUCAGGUAAUCAGCAAAGGCGCAAGAAGCGGCAGCAGCAACAGAAACAGCCGGGGCAAUCCGAGGCUGCGGAAGCGGCGCAAUUGACGGGGGGAGAGGAGGCGGAACAGCAGCUUUCGGCGGAGCCGAUGGAAACUAGCGGGGCGGCGCAGGAAGCGCAAGCGGGGGCGGAAGCGCCGGAGAGCAGCGCGGGAGGCGGAGGAGCGUCGUCGGGGAAUAAAGACCUGACGAGCGCCGAUUAUUACUUCGACUCGUACGCCCACUUCGGCAUCCAUGAGGAGAUGCUGAAAGACGCGGUGCGCACUAAGACGUACGAGGCCGCGAUCUGCGGCAGCACGUUUCUGUUCAAGGACAAGGUUGUCAUGGACGUGGGUGCUGGCACGGGGAUUUUGUCCCUCUUUGCUGCCAAGGCGGGAGCCAAGAAGGUGUACGCGAUGGAGUGCUCAGAGAUUGCCGAGUGCGCGCGCGAAAUCGUGGCAGCCAAUCACAUGGACCACAUAAUCACGGUGAUUAAAGGGAAGGUGGAGGACGUGGAGUUGCCAGAAGGGGAGAAGGUGGAUGUGAUUAUAUCGGAGUGGAUGGGCUACUUUCUCCUCUACGAGUCCAUGCUCGAUACUGUGCUGUUCGCCAGAGACAAAUGGCUGGCAAACGGCGGCAUAGUGCUGCCGGACCAUUGCUCGCUGUACCUGAUGGCGAUAGAGGAUGCGGAGUACAAGCAGGAGAAGAUCCACUUCUGGCAGUCGGUGUAUGGCUUUGACAUGAGCUGCAUUCGAGACAAGGCCAUGUUAGAGCCUCUAGUCGACACUGUGGACGCAGAGCAGAUCGUCACCAACUCUUGCCUUGUCAAGUCGCUCGACAUCAGCAAGGUGACACGUGGUGAUCUCUCCUUCUCAGUGCCGUUCAAGCUCGUAGCAGAGAGGAAUGACUUUGUGCAUGCGCUAGUGGCCUACUUUGACGUUGGCUUCACCAAGUGCCACAAGCCUAUUGGCUUCUCAACAGGUAAGCACACAUCUAACCAUUGA